GGGGAGGAAGAUGAGGAAGAAGCCGCCUACGACGACGCCGACGCCGACGACGGCGUCGGCAACACCCUCAGACCGUGCACCGGCAAGCCCACGGGGCGGGCUCAAUCCGUGGCCGAGGGGCCCGGCUUCUCGCCGUCCGCGAUACCGGCAUCCCUAACCUUGAUGCUGGUCACGGCCUCUAUCUCCAGCGCGAUGUCCGAGUCUGGGGGGAUUCCCCACGCCGGGAAGCCGGUCCUGCCGAAGGCCUCGUCGGCGGGGAUGUGCAGCAUUCGGAGCUCGCCCUUGCGGCAUGCCGCGGACGCCGUACUCCCAGCCAGUGAUGAGGCUGCCUUCCCUGUUAUGGCCGACUGA